AUGGCUCUUUCUGCUUUAAUUUAUUUUUUUCUAUUUCUACGGCUUUAUCAUAAUGCUCCAGAUUUUUGGCGAAAUUUUGUGGAUUUACAAACCAGGGUUUUGAAGACUUACUCAGCUAUACUUAAGCAUGUUCAAAGCGUUACUAUCAGAACACUUGGGAUUAUGCGUCUGAAAAAUCCAAGUCGUGGAAUGAAGUGGACCAUAAAUGGCACUGAUGACAACAAUCCACUAAGUGGCAUCGUCGAAUGGUUACAGCAUGAUGAACCGAUCCCGAUCGUCAAAAGCAACAACCCCAUACUCUACAUGAGAGGAAAUUUUCCGGAGGACAACUCUGAUGCAGUAAUUUCAUGGAAAGGCAUCACCAUUCCCAUCAACAAAGAUUUUUCAUAUAGUUUUGAGUUGAUCUGCCAAUCCAUUGUGAUUUAGCUGGUUAAGCCAACUGACAAAUAGUUUUUUGUCUCUUUAAUGGCGACGAUAAUGGGAGUCAACACCCUCACCACUACGGGAGAAAAAUUCUACAUACCUAAACAUAUAAACGCAAAGUGCUGUGGAUUACUUCAUGCCAUCAAGGUAAGGAAGGCGCCUAACCGAACCGAUAAACAGAAUACGGUGGCCGAAUUCCGCGCCAGGAAACUGUACCACAAGUGGUUGGUGCUGCCAAAAUACAUCGUAAUGGAUGACGAGACGUACAUUAAAGCGGUCUCCAAGCUGAUCCCCGGCCUGGAGUUUUUCGUCAACAAGUCCCACCUGGAUGUUCCGGAGAAGUUCCAGAAGAAGAUGGUUGACCAAUUUGUCAAGAAGUACUUACCAAAAACGUUCCAGCUGAUUGCUGAUGGAAAGAACUGUCGCAGCACGACAGGUUACCGCAGACCGGGAGUCCAAUCCAUAGAGGUUAUCGAGGCUUCCGGGUUCUAUCCAGCCGAACACCGUCUCGACAAGUAG